UUUAAUGCUGGUGACACCAUAUUACAAACAAGUGCUCCAGAGAAUACGGCGUCUCCCGUUCGAUUCCUAUACACAACAAUGUCUUCAAAAGCAUGCUCGACAACAAUUUCUGACCCCCUUAAAGUACAGCUAUAGUCACAGCGGAAAACCGGUUGAUGCCAAAAAGUACAAUAGGUUUAUCAAAAUUUGUGACGAGAUACUUAUCUAUGAAGAUUGGAAUAAGCUUACCAUGCUUUUCGAUUAUAUAUUUAAGGAUGUCAUGGGUAGCGAGUCUUAUCCCGAGCAAUACGGAGCUCUCAAAAAAUUUGAAUCUUAUAACUAUGACCAAGUGAGAGACAUCUAUCCACAGGUGCACUUGUUCAAACGACUUGAUGUACCCGAAAAAUACCACCAAGAGUUUGACAAGGAGUUAAAACAGGAGAAGGAUGAUUUUCUGUUGGUUAAUUACUUCAAAUUUGAUGCUAAUACAAUACCUGAUAUACCCUUAAUCUCCCGAAACCAGCUUAAUGAUGAGCAUGAAAAGGAGGAGAUGAAGAAGGUACUCAAUCAUGUGAAGCAGAUGUAUAAUUUCAUUGCUUCUAAAGAAAACAUCACCCACUUGAAAUUGAGGCCAAUGGAGGUUACUUAUCCAAGUAACAAGUAUGGCUUACCAUUGCAUAUAAUUCAACGAGACAAGCUCUUGAAAGACAAGCUUAUUUAUGUCAAAUCCGUUGUCAAUCGAUACAAGCCUAUUCCUGCUUCCAUAUUAGACCAGUUGGGACAAAUAACAAAUGGUGAUAUAAAUCCCCACUUUUUCACGUACAUGAUCCAGAAGAGACGUAAAGUGAUAGUGAAAAUUAAGGGUAACAAAAAGUUCAUUCCCGACAGCAAAAACAUCGUCAAGAUUUAUAGGGAGUACUUGUCAAAGCAGUUUUAUUACGACCCAAACACUGGAAAAUAUGAGACGAGCCUGGUAAUGUUUUACCAAUAAGUUGGUUUCAUAGUUGAAAAAUGCAGUAGUCUUUUUUGUUUGUGUCUAACAAGCAUCCGAAGUUCCUCGAGUCGUCAAGAAGGAGAUGUCUUGGAUCUUGACUCACAGCUUUACUGCUGUAGGUGGGAGUCAUAUUAUUUCGCAACAAGGAAAAGGCAUUAUAACUUUGUAAAUAGAAUUCACCUUCAGCCGCAGCCAACACAAUUAAAUUAUCAUUUUGCAUCUUGUAGCUGAUUAUCUUCUGAAACUCAAGAACUUUAUAAAUGAUUUCUUGAGGUUUCUUAAUAUCGAAACUGGCAACUUGAACGGUCGUGUCAGUUACAGAACAUAUGAAACUGGUAUCAUUGAUUAUUUUGAAUUCUGACACAGGAUUGAUACUGGAAUCGACUUGCACAAUACCUGACAUGUGUAUAAUUGAGGCAAAGUAUUUCUCAAAGUCCAAGAAAACUUCUUCAAACAAGUCUCUUAACGUCGAAGAGAUGUCAACCACAUUUUGGCUGGCCAGAGAAUUGUGUAUCAAAUCAUUGGAAUCGAGUUCCAAUUUGAGGUACUCAAAUAAUUUCGACAGAAACAAGUUCAGCCGAAAGUACUUUAUCAAGUCGGUAUGGUUGGUAUCCACCGGGAAGCUUAGCUCUUCUCCAUUCUUGUCCUUAGUCAACAAGUCAACAAGAUACUUCAGCCAAUUUAGGAACUCAUUAAAAAGCUUUUGUUCUUCAUUCACAUCCCAAAUAAGCCUGUAGAGCACUUUGAAAUAUUCCUUGGCGGAGGUGUCGAUCUUCUCUACAGACUCAAGGUUGAUGCCGAAGUUUCGCUCGCUAUCGAGUUCGCUGAAUUUUAUCACACUCUUGAGCUCGUC